AGACUUCAGACUGUUUCUGAAAUCUGAGCACUUCUGGAUCUGUUUUUUCACUUAAUCAAGACUUUGUCUCUCUCUCCCUGUCUUUCUCCCUCACUCUCUCUUUUUCUCGACUCGAAGACUCUUCAAACAUUCAUUACCAUAGCUCUUUGGAAUACUAUAGUUUUAUGUAACUUUCUUCAGUCAUAACUCUAAUGCUAGAGUGAAUGUGAAUCAUAAUUUGUGGGCUUAUAUGUCUGAGCUCAUGAUUUAUUAAUGCUUCAUUUUUUUUUACUGUGCCUUGGACUUGAACUGAAUGUUUUUAUGUAAAAAUGUUUUGUGUGAUUUGGUUCUCCACAGGGUGCACUCUUUGUCUGGGCAGAUCCUUUUUCCGUUUCAACCACCUAGAAGAGGCAAAUCACAUGAAGAACAUGCUGCCAGAGAACACUGCAGGGCCCAUGCUGUCCCUCAGCACGGAUGCAACAACGCUUCAUUCCAGUGGCAGCUCAUUGGGUGGACCAAUUGUUCGUAGCACCCGCUCGAAGGCAGAGCUUCAAGAGUUGAUGGAGAGCUUGCAGCGUAGGAAAUCCGCUCUGGAGGCCAGUUUAAAGGCCACUGCAGACUGUGGCUACCUCACCCUGUCCCCACCCCCCAGUCCCCAAUCAGCUUCCUCCUAUUCUAUGAGAGUCCCCUCCACUUACACGCCCACCAGUCACCUAAGCAUGCCACCCUCCCCUCACCAAUCAGAGCGGCCCAUAAGUCCAGUCCCAACCCAAUCCCGUGCACGACACCAAUCACAGGAUAACCUGUUGCUUUGCCACUCUUCUGAAGUCCGCCAUCCAAACACUACCACCUCACUCCUCUCCAUGUGGAACGGUUCCUCUUCCUCCUACAUGACCGAUGCUCUUCCUCCAUCUCACCGAGGUCCAAGCGGGGCAGCAAGCAUGCCCUCCAGCCCUCGCUUGGGACGCAGGCUGCUAUCGCGAACUGGGGAGUCCGCCGUGGAACCAUCGCUCCGGCAGAGAAAAUAUUCCACCGGCUCGUUGAAUGGCCUUGGCGGACAUAGUCGUUCUUUGCCCAGGCUGUAUCGAGGGGAUGCUCCAAUGCUUUCUUUGCCACCUCGUCACACCACCAAGCCACGCCGCAGCCUUCCGUCAAUGGAAAAACCACCAGAUGUGACCGUGAUAGCCAACGUGCCUGGCAGUCCUCGCAGGGCCAGCCUCUGUUCCGCGGGCUCUGCCCCAUGUCUAGAUCUGGGUGUAGGGGAAAGGCGGCUGUCGUUUGGAAAAGGGGGGCUGGGACCAGGCAUGGGGCAGAGGAGGGGCAGUAUCAGUUCGCUAAAUGGAAAAGAAGAGCUCAGAGAUUAUCAUCAGAGACAAAGAGAUGAGAGACUGAGAGAACAGGAAGUGGAAAGACUGGAGCGCCAACGUCUUGAGACAAUUCUUUGCCUGUGUUCUGAGCUUGGCCGCUCUGAACUCAGCCGGUUGAAGACCGACUCGUGCGUCUCAUCCAUUUCGGACCUGCAGAAGAUCAAUCGAGAGCUGGAGAAGCUGCAGGUGUCUGACGACGAAUCCGUGUUCUCUGACUCAACCGCAGGAGUAUCUCUGGAUAGUGGAUUUGUGGGUAAGGCUCGUGGUGAGAUCCUAACCCGGAGACAGCGUAGACUCAGCGGACACCGGGAGAUCAGGCCUCAGUCACCCACCACCAGCCUUCAGAGCUCAGUCCCCUCCCCUUCUCCACACAUCCGCAGCAAGCAAGUGUCUGAAAACAUGCAGCUCAGGCAGGAAGUGACACGUAUAGAAGAAGAGAGAAUUCAGGUGCUCAACAACAUUGAGGAACUGGAACAGAAGAUCAGAGAUCUGGACACACAGAUGGAUGAGUCCAUCAGAGAGAUGGAGGUAGAGAGGGCUCUCUUGGAUGGUGAGCAAGAAGCAGAGGUGGCUCAACUACAGAGUGAUAAGGAAAUACUGGAACAGCUCAAUGAAAAAAUGGGCAACAUGGAGAAAAACAGUCAAACCAAUCAAACUCAGGACAAAGCCCUGUUGGAGGCUGAGAGAGUUAAAGUAGAGAGGCUAGCUGAGCUGAUCUCAGAACAGAAGAUCCAGUUGGACACCUGUCCUGAAGCACUGAAGGAGCAGCUCCAGAAUCAGCUAUACAGGGACACUGAAGCCUUGGAAGCCGAGACGAAGCAUUACGAAGAUCUUGAGUUUCAGCAGCUGGAAAAACAGAGCCGUCAAGAUGAAGAAAAAGAGUCACAGACGCAGCAGCUCCUCAGAGAGAUUGCAGAAUAUCAAAGAUCCAUUGUCACUCGAAAGGAAAGGCUUCUUACCCUGAAGAUGCAGUCAACCCAGACAACUCAGCAGGCACAGCGGGAAAAGGAAAACUUCUUGAAGGAAAAGAGAACCCUUAUUUAUAUGUUGCAGAGGGAACGGGAGAACCUAUCAUCUUUGGAGAGGAAAUACUCUGAGUUGACAGGUGGUCAGGCCUUCCCCCUUAACCCUGUGUCCAUGAAGGAGCAUUUUCGCUCUCUGGAGGAGAGGAGGCGGAGCAAUGGCAGUAAGGAGGGCAGAGCUCUGCUGAGUGAGAGCGGAGUGUCCCGUAAGAGAGAGAGGCAGAUUUCAGGGACCAUAAGCAACUCUACACUUAGUCGCAGUCUGUCUCCCAAGGUCAGACAUCAAGUACGGCACACAUAUACGCCCCAUAUGCCGUUGUCUCAAAGCUCUAGCUGCAGUAGUGUACUCCCCCGCACUCUGUCGGCCACCUCCCAUGACCUGGACACUCGCCGACUGCUCAAGGCAGGUCAGCUGUAUCUUAAUGAUGAUAGGCAGAGACUGAGUGAGAUGUCCAAUAGGACGGUUUCUGAAUCAAACGUGUACCUGGAACCGUUCCAUUACCUGGAUAAUGGACACAACUUUGACACACUGAGCGUAGACAGUACAGAAAGCCUGGAGACCAGCAUUUCAGCCUGUUCACCUGACAACAUUUCCACUGCCAGCACAGCUAAUAUGGCAAAAAUAGAGGAGAUGGAACGUAUGCUGAGAGAGGCUCAAGCUGAGAAGAACCGACUACUGGAGCACAGGGAGCAAGAGAUGGAGUUCCGCAGGCAGGCUCUUGAGGACGAGAGGAGAAGGAGGGAGGACUUGGAGAGAAGACUGCAGGAAGAGACGAACAGACGACAGAAACUAGUGGAGAGAGAGUCUCGUCCGUUGACACGUUACUUGCCAGUGAGAAAGGAUGACUUUGACCUGAGAGGUCACAUCGAGGUGGCUGGUCACCAUCCUGAAACUUGCUUUCACCUGGCCAUCACCGAGAAGACCUGCAGGGGGUUCCUGGUCAAAAUGGGUGGAAAAAUUAAAACCUGGAAGAAGCGGUGGUUCGUUUUUGACCGCAAUCGCAGGACACUGGCAUAUUAUGCUGAUAAACAUGAAACCAAAAUGAAAGGUGUGAUCUAUUUCCAAGCCAUAGAGGAAGUUUAUUAUGACCACCUAAAGAAUGCACACAAGAGCCCUAAUCCCUCCCUGACGUUCAGUGUAAAGACACAUGAUCGGGUUUAUUACAUGGUGGCUCCAUCUCCAGAGGCCAUGAGAAUCUGGAUGGAUGUUAUAGUCACUGGAGCGGAGGGAUAUACACACUUCCUGGUGUGAGCAGGGCUCAUCUUUAUUAAACAACAUUUAACAAGCUCAAAGUGACCUUCAAAGUUCAGCCCUGCCUGCUGAAAGCAUCCUGGUCUAGCACUUCUAACAUUCUGAAGAGGUUUCUUUAAUAAACUAUUCACUUUUAUAAGUACUGAUCAUCAAAUCAGUAGUGCGGACUGAAUAUUUUGCAGUCAUCCAUGAAGUAUUUUGGAAAAGCAAUCAAGUGAUUUAUCCACCAAUGUCUGGGAUUUCAGAGGCAGCUUUCAGACUUCAAAGGUACCUUAUAACAGAUCUUGUUUUUGGUUUUUUUUGCCAUAUUCUGCCCCAUUUUCACCACUUUCAAGACUCAGACUCAGGACAGCACUCUGUAAAUUAGAAUCACCCUUAUGGUCUCUACAACCAUUCUGCACACUUGCAAAAUCUUCGUGAAGCUAUGACCUGGAUAUACCUCAAAGAAAUAAUUGAUAACUUUUUGCAUCGUUCAUUAAAAUGAGACACCAAAGACAAAAUGUUCCUGAUGUGCCAUAUGGACUCUAAAAAAACAUAUCAGGUGGUCAGGAUGUUGUUCAGCAGUAUUAAGCUGUAGCCCCUUCUACUUUAAACACUUUGUUUAUAUCUUUAAAAUACCUUGUAACUUUUUAUAUGAUAUGCUUAUUUUAUAUUCUUCCCUCUUUUCCCAAAGUGCCUUACAUGUAUGUGCAUGUGCAUUAAAUAGCUAAAUAUUUAGCUAUUAGGCUAUUUACUUGGCACUGAUUUGUAUAAGGGUAUAGAGCGCAACAGUCUGGUUCCUGGAAGUUAAAAUCCCAUUAAUUUUUUCCAUAAACGAAUCAAUUUUCAACGAUAACUUAUAAACAUUUAAAGAGAGACACACCAUGAGCUCAGAGGUUGUUCAUGGAUGGUAUAUGCUUCCACUGAAGCCAUUAGUUUUCAACUUCAUUGUUUUCAAAUUGUAUUUGGUAGAGGAAUUCCUGGUUUGGUUCGUGGCUUACAAUUCUUUUAUAAAGGAUUUUAUUAAAAGUCUAGGCAAAAAAUUAAUUGGAAAAAUACUAACGGAACCCAGACUGCUGAAAAAGUGGACAGGAACUGUUGUGCCCCAAAAAGCACUGUGGCUGUUAGUGCUAUUUUUUUUAUUUACCAAUUGUGCCUCCCUGUUGCUCAGGAACAUUCCAAAAGGAAGUGCAGCAUACCAAAGACAAGCUGAAUUUGUAUUCGGUAUGAUAUAAAUGUAAUGAUGUGUACCCAUCAUUUAAAAUGUAAAUGAAUUGGAUUUCUUACAGUUUAAUUUAUAGUGUAAUUAAUUAUUUUCAUAAACUGAAAAAAGGCAAAUCUUGUCUUCUGCUUAGACCACACCCACACUAAUCUGUUUUCGCUUUCCAAAGUAUGUGGCAGAGCCGUUUCUAGCUAGCGGUAUAAGCAGCCAAUUAGGGCCCACGAGCCACCAGGUGGCCCUGCAAAAUAAGGUCAUUUUUUAUUUUAUUUAUUGUUGUUAUUAAAUACACUAAAAGCUUUAAGACUCAGUUAGCUAUUAUGGCUCAAUUAGACAGUUAAAGGGGGCCCCCUUGUGGCCUGAGAGGGAAGGGAGAAUGUAACUGCAAGGAGAGAGUUGUAGCUAGAUGUGACAGGCAAGCGCAAGCUCAAAGGGUUAUCAUCAUGAAGUGCACCUACAAAUCGGGAGCGGAAAAAAUUUAAAAGAAGAUGAGGAGAAAUGCACCCUGACCAUUUAAGGGGUUGGGGGGUUUUGGGAUUUCACUUAGGGCCCCCAUAUUCUUCACUUAGGGCCCCCGUAUUCUCAGAAACGGCCCUGGUAUGCGGUAAUAUAGAGGUUUUUCGAAACGCUUCAUUUUUAGUGGAGGAAAAUGCUGUUUUAGUGUGGAUACGAGGUGCAAACGUAGCAAAAUGAAUGUGUGGACGUGGCCUUAGAUUCAUUAAGAAUCCUCACGCUAGUUUGAUUGACCGCUCUCUAUAAUAAUGAGAGUGUAGUACUCAACUGACCAGGUGGUUAGUGGUACCGGAUGGUUCUUCUAUUAUUGCAGAUUUUAUUUCCAUCAUCCACACAAGAAUCUUGUUUGACCAUGUGUUGAACAAUUUGUUUUUAAUAGUUUCGUUAUAUGCAUGUCUGAGCUUACGAUUGUGUAGCUGAUAUUAUUUUUGAAGCAUUUAGGAAUCAGGAUAAUUUCAUUUAUCAGAUUAAGAGUAAUACAACAGAAAUGAUAUGACUAUUGGUGUCAAAAUGAAAUGUCUGACAGGUUUGUUGAAUUAAGAAAAGAUUAAAUCACAGGUGCUAUCUGACAGCAAAACGUGUAUUGUUGUCUACUUUUCUUUAAAAAAAAAAUAAAAAAAGAAGAAGCAAAAAUCGUUCAGUCAGUCAGACAUUCACAAUGGAAGUGAAUAGGGACAAUUUUUGGAGGGUUUUAAGGCAGAAAUGUGAAGCUUAUAAUUUUGCUGUAAUGUUGUUUAAAUCGUUCAGUCAUUUUAGGGGUUUAAGGUUUGUUGGCAUUACAUAGAAACACAGAAAAUGUUAGUAAGUGAUUUUAUCACACUAAAAUCAUGUUAUCACACAUAUUGUUUGUCUUGUGGCUAUACUUUUAAAACAGUGAGUAUUUUAACAUUUACGGAUUGGCCCCAUUCACUUCCAUUUUAAGUGCCUCGCUGUAACCCAGAUUUUUUUCUUUUCUUUUCUUUUUUUUAAAGAAAAGGAGGGGCAAGUAUCAAAAGUAUUUUUUGUGGUAAUCAAUAUCAAAUCACUCCACAAAUGUUGUCAAUUGAGCUUAACUUGUUUAGAACCCAGAGUAUUCCUUUAAUUGGUGCAUUAUGUGGGUAAAUUUAGGAAUAUUUCAGAAUAAAUAUCAGCAUGUUUUUGAAAUAAGCACAGUGUGACUGAACAAUAUUUAAGACCUAUCCCUAGAUACUGGGUGUUUCUUUCAGCUUUACCAGAAUUCCCUCUAAAGCAUGCUUGCAACUGCACAGUGCAAAAGCGUUAUAUAAAUCACAGUAGCAUACUUAAUAACAAGUUAUUCAAAAUGUAUAAUGAUACUUUUGUAUUCACGUUUCAGUAUUUUUUAACCCAUUCAGUGUUUCUGCGACAAAAGCAAUAUAAUAUUGUAAGCAUGUUUUUUAAGCUCAUUUAAAAUGUGAAGUGUAAUAAAAUCUAUGUACGAGUAAAACAUAC